AUGGCGUUGCGCAGAGCGUUCACUCAAGCGAUCCUCCGCAGAUCUAAUCAGACUUCGUCUUCUUCCUCCUCCUCCUCGACUUCCGCCGGGUUGUCUGCGUUGUAUUCUUCUUCUUCUUCUUCUUCUUCUCAUCAAAAUCGAAUGAUUUCCACCUCCUCGCGAUCAAAUUACGCAGGAGGAGAAUCGACGCAAACGUCCGUGGAAAAAUUCCAAGAGUUGUUCGAUAAAUACCGCCCGUCGAUGAUGGACCCACCGGGGACGCCGUCGACGUACAUGCCAGCCGAAGACGUCGCGAAGAGUGGCGAAGAGGAGGUGAAAAACGCCGGUCCGCCUCCGGAAACGGUGAAGUUGAAUUUUCGUUUGCCCCACGAAGCGGUCUUCGCGGACGCGGAAGUGAACAUGGUUUUAGUCCCAGCAGAAACCGGGGACUUUGGGAUUUUGCCUGGACACGUUCCCGUGGUCGCCAAGCUACGACCGGGGGUGGUUUCCGUGGAAAAUAAGGAAAGCGUGACGAGCAGAGUACGUAGACAAGAGUUUCUUUUUUGA